UUUCGGAACAUUUAAAUUUAUUUUUUUAUAAAUAAAUUUUGCACCUGUUUAUUUUUUUGGACAUUAAUUUGUGUUUGUGCUAAGUUUUUGGAAUAAUGGCGUUAAGAAUGACGAAAAUCUCAACCGUCUGUAUCUUGCUCAUCUUAUGCCUGGCGGUCCUCGUCCGGGAGUCGACCGCACGACCCCCAUGGCUAGCUCCUGGAAGCGGUGUGUUCACAGAGUCAGCUGAAUGUCAUACAGAUGACGAACUCCUAGAUCUAUGCCAGAGGUGUGCCAAGCUAACCAAGUCUAAAUUGGCGUAUCCAGCCUGCUGCUCCACUGACCUUCAAGCCAGGAAAUGGUGUUCAGAUUACGUGUAUUUUGGUAGGGGACAGUAUGAUUUUUAUUAAUCUAUUUUAGAUUUAAGCUAAUUCUAAGCUAGGCUAGGUUAAGAUGAAUGUUGGCAUGACUCACUUUUGAUUAUUGGUUGGAUGUGAAGCCAUUGUGCAUUUAAUUAGAGUAGAUGCCUUUAGGCAGAUCUGCUUUUAAUAUUGCAGUCUCAUUAAGUAUUUUUGUUAUUAACUUUUGAAUCGGACACAAUUUUUGAAAAGUUUUGUAAAAUACCUAAAUCUCAGUAAAUUGUAAUAAAUUAAAAUGUUAUUGACUGACUCGUUGGCCG